AUGGCGACACUCAAGAGAUCUGCGCCUGACGGGCUAUUUGAAUCGAACAUCUCGAGCAAGACGUUUGUACGGACGACGCGCAGUGGAAAGGUGCAAAAGAUUGUACGCGAGGUGUAUUUACGACAGGACAUCCCAUGUUCGUCUCAGCUCUGCCAGACGUGUCUGGAGACGGCGCCGCGAGACGCCUCCGGCAAUGUGGCACCGUUUGUGCUCAAAGAGCGGCCGGCGGGCACGAAGACGUACCCCCAGGGUCACUACCUGGUGCCGGACACGAACGCUUUCCUGACGGGAAUGGAUCUUUUUGAGCACACGGCAGCGUUCUACGACGUGGUGGUGCUGCAGGUGGUGCUGGAGGAGGUGCGCAACCGGUCGCUGCCGCUGUACAACCGGCUGGUGGGCCUGACACGCAGUGAAGAGAAGCGGUUCUACGUCUUCUUCAACGAGUUUCGGCUGGAGACACACGUUGGACGUGAGGCAGGCGAGUCGAUCAACGACCGCAACGACCGGGCGGUGCGGCGGGCGACGCGGUGGUACAGCGACCAUGUGGCUGAGGCAGCAGCCAAGAGCAGACAGACGGCACCGGCAGUGGUGAUGAUCAGCAACGACCGCGGCAAUCUGGAGAAGGCGCGGGCAGAGGGGCUGGUGGCAAGCUCGCUGGCAGACUACGUGCGAGGGUUGGAGGGAGAGACGGCCGACGUGCUGCUGGACAUGAUCCCCGAGGCACAGGACAUCAGCGUGGCCGAGCAGGCGGACGAGAAGAAGAGCCGGCGCCACCUGUACCCGGAGUAUCUGACGCUUUCGCGGAUGAUGACGGGGGUCAAGAGUGGGCUGCUGCACCAAGGGCCAUUCAGCGUGUCACCGUACAACUACCUGGAGGGGUCAGUGCGGGUGGCAGGGUUUCCGAAGCCGUUGCUGGUGCUGGGGCGGGAGUCGAUCAACCGGGCAGUGGACGGCGACGUGGUGGUGGUGGAGGUGCUGCCGCGGGAUCAGUGGAAGGAGCCAUCGACGAAGAUGAUUGACGAGGCAGCACUGACGAAGAACGAGAGCGCGGAGACGGCAGGCGAGGAUGCUGAGGACGAGACGACAGCAGCAGCAGCAGCAGCAGACGGGACGGCAUCAGCACGCGAGCGCAAGGCGCUACAAGAGGAGGCACGACGGACGCAAAAGGGCGAGGCGCAGGUAGAGCCGACGGCACGGGUGGUGGGAGUGGUGCGACGCAACUGGCGGCAGUUUGUGGGUCACGUGGAUCAGACGUCGGUGUCGGUAUCUUCGCUGAGCGCGAGCGGCGGACAGGGACGCAAGCAGGAGACGGUAUUUGUGAUGCCGAUGGACAAGAAGCUGCCGAAGAUGCGACUGCGGACACGACAGGCCGGGACGCUGGCAGGCAAGCGGAUCCUGGUGGCGAUGGACGCAUGGGACCGCGACUCUCGGCAUCCGGUGGGCCACCUGGUGCGGGCGCUGGGCGAGCUGGAGACGAAGGCGGCCGAGACAGAGGCAUUGCUGCUGGAGUACGACGUACAGUACCGUCCGUUUCCGCGCACGGUGCUGGACUGUUUGCCGGCCGAAGGCCACGACUGGCGGGUGCCAGCAGACAAGGAGACGGCAGCUGGGUGGAAGAACCGGGAGGACCUGCGCGAGCUGCUGGUGUGCAGCAUUGACCCGGAGGGCUGCCAGGACAUUGACGACGCGCUGCACGCGAAGCGGCUGGCGAACGGCAACUGGCAGGUGGGCGUGCACAUUGCGGACGUGUCGCACUUUGUGCAGGCAGGCAGUGCAAUGGAUGCGGAAGCGAGUGUCCGGGGCACGACGGUGUAUCUGGUGGACAAGCGGAUCGACAUGCUGCCGAUGCUGCUGGGCACGGACCUGUGCUCGCUGCGGCCGCGGAUCGAGCGGUUUGCCUUUUCGGUGCUGUGGGAGCUGACGGACACGGCCGAGGUGGUGGACGUGCGGUUCUGCAAGUCGGUGAUCCGCUCGCGCGAGGCUUUCAGCUACGAGCAGGCGCAGCUGCGGAUCGAUGACGCCAGCCAGCAGGACGAGCUGACGACGGGCAUGCGGGCCCUGCUGAAGCUGUCGCGGCUGCUGCGCCAGCGCCGCAUGGAUGCAGGUGCCCUCAGCCUGUCAUCGCCUGAGGUCAAGGUGCAUCUGGAGUCGGAGACGGCCGACCCGCUGGACGCGAACAGCGGCACGACGGUCGAGGCCAAGGCGCUGCUCGACACUAACUCGCUCGUCGAGGAGUUCAUGCUGCUGGCCAACACGGCCGUGGCUGCCCGCGUCUACGAGGCCUUUCCACAGACGGCGAUGCUCCGUCGCCAUGCGGCGCCACCAGCCGCCAGCUUUGACGAACUGUCUCGUCAGCUGCACGUGACUCGUGGUUUGAAGCUGCAACAUGACUCGUCACGUGCUCUGGCCGACUCGCUCGAUGCCUGUGUCGAUAAUGACGAGCCCUUUUUCAACACGCUCGUGCGUAUCCUGGCGACCCGCUGCAUGACGGCGGCCGAGUAUUUUCCAGCCGGCGCGCUGGCCCAGCCCGAGUUCCGUCACUACGGUCUGGCCACGCCCAUCUACACGCACUUCACGUCGCCGAUCCGCCGCUACGCCGACCUGGUCGUGCAUCGACAGCUGGCCGCGGCCAUUGGCUUCGAUGCCGACGGCGCCGGUGUUGGUCGCCACACACGUGGCCGGCUUGCUGCCGUCUGCCGCAACAUCAAUGCUCGCCACCGCAACGCCCAGCUGGCUGGCCGCGCCAGUAUCGCCUACUAUGUCGGCCAGGCCGUGCGCGGCCGUGAGACCAUUGCCGACGGCUUCGUCCUGCGCGUCUUCAGCAACGGCUUCGUCGUGCUUGUUCCCCGCUUCGGCAUCGAGAGCCCCAUCCGGCUGCGCGACCUCGCCGUGCCCGAGCCGGCUGCCGACUUUGACGCCGACACAUACGUCCUCCAGACAGCCAUGUGUGCCUCUGGCAAGGACGGCCCCGAUGGCCCGGCUACUGUGCCCGUCACCAUCCGGCUGUUCCAAAAGGUCACCGUGCGGAUCACGGACCACAAGGACGAGACGACCGGUAAGCGCAGCGCACGCAUGACGCUAGUGCAGGCGUGA